UUAUAAUGUGUAAGAAGCCAGUUCAUUCGCGACCGUUCAGCGAGCAAGACAUUCGAAUUGCUUUGUCUCGCGAGUCCCUAUCUAUAAAUACAACCCGAUCUGAUCAGAAACCCCGUUUUGUACUCAGGAUCCCCUGAGGAAUUUUCAACUUUUGCCGAUAAUUUCAUGUACGCGUACCAAAUCCACCUCAAAGUUCUCAUCGGAGGGAGUAUACCACUUGUGUAACGAAAAACUAAUUUAUACAACAAAAAAGAACUUCUUUUUUUUCUCGAAGUUAAUCGACCGAGAUCAAAAUUUCAUACGAAGCCGUGAUCGAAUGAAUAUUUCUCACGGAUUUUUUCAUUUUUUUUUUUUUAUUUUUUUUAUUUUUAGUUCGUGAGAUUACGGCGAUGAAAAUGAUGUAAUAAAAUUGAUCAAAAAUCAAGUUGCAGCGAUUAAAUGUUGUGAGAAUAAAACCGGUAGAAACUCGUGACAGUUGAGAUAUCCAUAAUACGUGCGCGUUCUCCUCAUGUACCUUAUUAAAUCCGAAGAUAACGGUUUCCUCGAUUUAAUACCGAGAUAAAGAACGAUAACGCAUCUAAUUUUUGUAAUGAUAUAAUAUCGUUAAACGCAAACGAACACUGCCCACGAUUCAAUCGAAGCGUGACGAAAUCGUUUGAGAAUUUACCGUCGCGAAUUAUAUCGUUUCGUUCAAAGUAUUGAGAGGAAAAAAAUAAAUAAAAUAAACCCACCGAAUUCCACGUGCACAUACGAAUCGGUGCAUCCUGAAUAAGUAAUAAAUAAAAAUAAAUUAACGAUGCACGUGCAGUGACGCAAUAAUGACAAUAUCAAUAAUAAUAACGACGACACAUCAGUCUCGAGUGUUGAGAUAAUUUCGCGAAUUUUUUUGUAUCUUUUUUCUCUCAUACGCGUGAGGUACAACGUUGUACGUGCAACACCUUCUUCGCGCGUUUCCGUCACGUUAAAAGUUUAACAAAAAUAUACGCCAUAACUUUCUCCUCGAUGGUUUAUCGCAAUCGAAAGUGUAACCGAGGUGAUGAUACAUCGCGCGUUGCAUCGUUACCCGGACGAUAGAAACGAAAAGGAGUGUUGAAAAUAAUUGAAAUUUGUGUGUCUGGCGAUAGUGAUAAAAAAUUUGUAAAUCGCAGUAAUUGAAAUGGUCAAUCGUUUCAUCGAUGAUGUAUCAUCGAGGGAUGCGGCGAUAAAAUAAAUAUUGAUAAUACGGCGUUGUACAGCUGCGGCGUUGUAAUGUAUGUACAUAUGAAACGAGGGAGGGAGAUGGUGGGAAAAUUUGUUUUUAUAAAUACAAAAUCUAAAAAUGAACUCUAAAUAUAAACGGCGAAAUUUUCGAGCACCGGCAGUAGACAGUUCGCUCUUUUCUAUUUGCACAGUUUUACCUCGACUGGUUCGUCCACAUGUGAUCUCCGAUUUAUGCGAAACUUCUCGGUUACUACCGUACGUUUACCAUCUCCAGUUACACUCGCGGUGAUUCACCUCCGAAGCCCUCCCCUCGCCAAGGUAUGACAAGUAAGCGCGUCGCACGUAUCCCGCAAGUGCAACGCGCAACUUAACAAUUUUACAACGCUCGAAACCGCGUCGUGUAACUCGACAUUUUAUCCUCCCCCCCCCCUUGAUUUUUUUUUUUUUUUUCACACUCUUCUUCGUUACCUUUUCAACCCCACGUAAACGAGCGCGUGCGACGAAGGAGACGGACAAACGGUCGAUACGCGCGUGUAAUUGGAAAUAUAUCGCACGAUGCUGAUCACCAAGUACACGACGAUUCUGCUCCAGUCGACGAAUCAGCACAUCAUCAGGAGUGACGUAUUCCUGGAGCCCUAUUUACAACAGCAUGGUACCGUGCAGGUCAUCAAUUCACCGAGUACUCCGCCCCCGCUACCUGUUCCGUUGCAACAUCGUCAGCUUGCGCAACUACAUCACGUACAGAGCGAAGAAUCGCUGUCAUCCGAAGGUUCCGGCAGCACGGGGAGUUCGGCCGGUUCUUCCGAACAUUCGGGAAGCGAAGUUGCUUGCGACAUAACCCUGAUCGAAAGACUCAUUCGUUCGCAUCCAAUAUGGUUUCUUCCAGGCAUUCAGAGGGCUGGGGCAUUCCACUUGUUGCAAGGAAAAGAAGAGGGUAAUUUCGUCGUUCGACAAUCGAGUCAAAGCGACACAAUGGCUUUGUCGGUAAGACUACCCUCGGGCAAAGGUCCCUACAUCGAGCACUAUUUGAUUCAAGCCAACAGAGGCCAGCUUAGCUUGGAAACCAGCGAGAAUAGAUUCGACAAUAUACCCUCGCUGAUAGCGCAUUAUUCCCAAUGCUGCAGUGACGAGUUACCUGUGCAACUUACCUUGCCGAGGGCAAUGCGCGAUGCUAAAAAUAGACAACAACUUUCGUCCCUUGCUCUUUUGGGACAGGAAUUUUGGCGAUACCCAAUGGCCAACCCAAAACCACCCGAAAGUAGUAGCAGCAAUACGUCCAGUUUGAGCAGCUUUCACGGUGGAAACAACAACAAUUCCAAUACACCAACGACGGAAAGUAUAGUUCUGAAUCUUGCGCCAAUUUCAGCACAUACUACGGCAAAUUCGUCGCCGACGAGUACGAUAGCGACAUCGUCGUUUCAAUCGUCGUUACCCAGGCAGCCGAGACCAACACCUCCUAACACGUUGAAUUUGACGACUUUCAACGAGCCGUUAGACACGAAAAAAGAAAAAGUUGAAAAAAUUUCUCCGGGCGAAAAAUUAUCUCAGAAAUUAAUCUCUCCAAAUUUGGUCCAAAGUGUGAGGUGUCCUUCACCUGUAGUUCACAACGUACAAAACAACGUUCUCAGCCCUGCUGAUACGAAGGGCACUUUCGAGUCCACAAAACAUACCUUCGAAUCUUCAAAAAGUAUAACGGAGUUUUCGAAAAAUAAUAAAUUCUCUUCGACCACAUCGUCAAACUCAAACUUUCAUCAGAAUAUAUCGCAAUUCAAUCAUUUUUCUAACGCAAACUCUCCGGUGUUACCGGAAGUAAAAGGCGUCGUUCUGGAAAGUCAAAAUCUCAUUCAAACCGUAAAAACGCCUCCACCUCCACCUCCGAGAUGGGCUAAACCCGGGAUUAGUCAGAGCCAGAAUAACUUUACAGUCACAACCACGGUCACUUUUAAUGUCAACCAGAACUCCGAUCUAGACACAUCAUUGCAAAAGACUCCAUCGGAUCCAAGCAUGUCUUUGCUGAGUCCUCAGAGUAUGAAUUCUAACAAAUCUUUAACGUCGAGCGUCUCUAACAAGUCUCCGCUAUCUCCAACAACUCCGAUACUUUCUCCUAGCUCAAAAAUCGUAUCGAGCAUAGGGUCAAAAACGCCGAAUAUUCUUUCGCCAACGACACCUUCUGGGACAAGUAAAUCGAAAAGAAGACGAGAUCGAGAAGCUAGAAAGAAUUCACAGCAUUAUCAGGAAUCCGACAUCUUAGAUUCCUAUUACAGAAGCUCACCGGGGGACAAAAUAUCCGAUUACGAAGAUAUCUGGAACACAACCGACCAGUCCAAUCACUCGACCUGGUCUCCUAACGAAAAAACCGGACGUAAUGAAAAAGUAACCAGUCCCAAUGAUCGGUUGAUCAACUCCAAUGAACGGGCUAAUGUACAAGAGCGAUUAGCGGACCUGAACGAGCGAUGCCCUCCUAGCGAGAGGUUGACGGGAAACGAGAAAUUUGUAAUGAGAAAUGAAAAGUUUUGUGGAAACACGGAAAAAUUCAGCUACAAAGAAAUAACCAGUCCUGAAUUCAGUAGUUUCAAACCAUUCUUGGAUAAUCCUGGCUUAAAGAGUCCGGAUUCGGGUUCGCCGGAAGAAAACGGAAUGGGCAAAAGACCAGAUCUACUCUCCAGAGUCUGCAGUGCUAACUCUCUGAGUAGCCCAAACACAACGACACCUCCGAGGAAUAAGCUUGGUUUAAUACUUGCUAAGUCCGAGAGCAGCAGUCCUAUGACACCAGAGUCUAAACAAGGCAGUCCGUUCUAUGCCGAACCUGCUGAUGCGAUAGCUCAAAGCACAGCGAUGGUCCCGAGAAGACGUCCAAGAAAUAAUCCUGUAUCGAGCAAGUAUCGUCACAGUGAACCAGGUUGGCUCCAAACACCUGUCGGGCCAAACGCAAAUCAACUACAUCCGAUCGAUUGGGAUGACUCUGAAGAAGCUGAAGAUAAAACACCAUUGAUAUCAUCUUCUGUGGACAAUUUAGCAAAGCGCCUGGGCGUCAGAGAAAUUAAAAAAAUUCCACGAGCAAAGCCGGUCCAACCGCCAAAAGUCAGGACUAAAAUGUUCAAUGAUACCUCAUGGGCUGUUGAUUCUAGCUGGGAAUUUAUCGGAAACGAAGAGGAAGAUUGCGAACCUGAUUACGAUUGUGAUGUUGACUACGAUGGAGAGAUGGCUAGAAAAUUUCCGGACGAAGACAUCGAAAGGGACGUUGUUGGCAAUACUUUGACUGUUCAGAGUAUCAUACUUCAAAGGUACCCUGAGUUUCUGAAACCGCCAGACGCAAUGGAAACCCUUGGCAGUGAUCGGAAUUCGUCGUACGACAACGUAGAGAAGAGAAAUGAGAGAAACGAAACGCUCGACUCUCGGAAAUGUGGAGAUCUUCGCGCAUACGACCCUUCGGAAUGGGAAACGAUGAUCGAGACCGACGAAAGCGACGUUGAAAGAGUAAAACGAAACAAAAGCUUCAAGGAACGACUGGAUCCACUUUUAUCACCUCCCAGACUGCAAGCACUGAGAAAUCGGGAUACUGGAACAGGUUCAUCGAUCCGCUGUUACGCGUUGCAGCUAGCUGUCGAUAAAACCACGACGUUUUCGCAAAACAUCGAUAAUUUCAUCCAAUGUACAAAGGAAGGAAAGGAAGCCAGUCCGCAUAUUGUGAUGCGAAACAUGAGACAGUUCAUGUCCGGUAUGAAGAAUUACUUGGUAAAACACGGAGAAAGAGAAUUCGAAAAGGAAGUGGAGAAGGAAAGACUGAAACUGAAGCCAAAUGAAUUCCUGAAUCUUGAUGCUAUACUGGAGGGAGUGAUGAUGGGUCUUGUCGUCAGACCUCUCAGAGAACACGUUUAUAGACUUUUCGUAGAUCAUUAUGCAUCAACGGGAUCUUUACACACAUUGGCAGAUAGCAUUCAGCACGCUCAUGGAAAACACAUCCAGGAAUUGGGCGUUCGAGCAAAGAUCAUUCCACCAAGUGAUACAAGUUUAGAAAUCAUCUUGAAGUACAUUGACCGUUUACAAAAAGCAGAUUCUCCAUUGGAUAAAUUAGAAAAUCUUUUGGCAGCUAUUUCAGCAAUUUUCAACUCUGUGAAACAAUCUAAUUCGGGUCGACAUGUUACGUUAGGAGCUGACGACCUUCUACCAUUAUUAGUAUGGGUUUUGGUACGCGGCCGAGUAGUAGGGGCUGAAAUUGAAGCGGAAUAUAUGUGGGGCCUGUUACAUCCGUCUUUAUUGACUGGCGAGGGCGGUUAUUACCUAACGACAUUGUCCAGUGCUGUUCACGUCUUGAAAACUUUUAAAUCGAGUCAGGGAACUAUGUCUACAUUAAAUGGCUCUGGAACACCUGACUGCUCUUCAGUACUGAGGAUAUUGGUACCAGACGAGUUGCAUGGUUCAUUGAACACCCGAACAUUGCCCGUUCGACCGAAUAACAAUACUAGGGAGAUAUGCCGUAUUCUAGCACAUAAAAUCAGAUGCACAAAUCCACAAGAUUAUGGACUCUUCAAAUUAGUCCAAGGAGAGGAAACGUUACUUGGUGAUCACGAGUGUCCUCAAGAAUUAUCUCACUGCGUAUUUGCCUACAAACGAAUCGAUGCUAAGAUUGCCUGGCCAAAAACCAGUUCAUAAGUAAGAAUAAUGCAUAGGUCAUCGCAGACGUUUUAUUUAUGCAAUCGUGGAUUAUCCGAUUAUCUUCAUAAAUUUGAAUCGGAUUUAGAAAAUAUCUAAUAGAUAUUGACAAUGGUAAGUCUUUGUAAAAGACGUAAAUGGUAACCGAGAAGGUAUUUCUGAGCAACACUAUUAAUCGUAAUAGACGGUUGAAAUUUUAUAACAAUACAUACUUUUUCCCUUGUCUUGAUUGAAUGGAUCAUGACGAAGAUAAUUAUGAGGUUACAAACUUUUACGAAUGAAAAAAAAUCAACUUCGAAUGUAGUCUCAGAGUUCAACAAAAAAUUUUAUUCAAAUUACACUUGACACGAAUUUAGCCCAAAGUUUUUCAUUGCUAAUCUUGUUGGCUAAUGUAAAGCAGUAUUUAAGUAUUUCUGGAUAAUUAUUAUGAUGUUCCUCUAUUCAUCAUUGUUGGUGUUUCAAAAUUGAACUGUAGAAAUAAUUGCGGUGUGUCUUCAAAUCAUUCAUCUUUGCAGUUAGUUUUUUGUUUGAAACAAACAGUGACGUUUCCGUUUGAAAAUACGGAUCGUUAUAGUACUGCGAUAUUAAUAUAUUGCAUAUCUAAUUGUUGUAAAACGAUUUCUCUGUCAAAUGCUGUAACUUGCAUUCGUCACUGCCCGAGUGAUAAGUCUCUUGAACCUAAUGUGAUCCAACUCAUAUAAUCAAUCCACAAGACAUUGAUAAAUUAAGUCACUCAGUAUUCAAGAUUAGUUAAACAUCUACAAUAAUUAUAUUCAUAAUUAGCUUUAUCGAUACAACACUAGGACAAGAUUUGAAAUCAAAGAUUGGUGGGUCGAAGUUGAGGUAAAUACAUUAUACCCAUAUCCUGCGGAGUAGGUCAUGUUUUUUUACUUUACUUUCACAUUCAUGAAUCCAUAACAAAUUCAGAGACAUGAUAUUCUUAGCGAAUAUUGAGAAAAGGAUGUACGUGAUAAAACAUUGGUGUCGUUAUUUGUGCGUUCUAUAGUAUUAAUUGUUCAAUUGUUAUAAUCUCUGAUUGUACGCAUAUAUUUUCCAGUUAUGUAAGUUGAAUCAAUCAUUGCUAGAAGCUUGAGGGGUUGGACCACUAUACUUUGUUUCAAAGACUGUCCUAGGUGAUACAAUAUACAUUUUCUAUAACCAAGCAGAUUUAUAGCAAAUUUGGUAAAACAAACUUUAGAGUAGAAAACGAAAAGCUAGCAUAGACUCUAUUUUAAGUACUUUUAUGAAACUGAGCGAGUUAGAUAAGCGAACUGUAUUUUAUUAAGAACGAUAUUUAUUUUAACGUUGUAUACAUUUGUUUCUUGACAAAUUUAGAUGAUUACUGGUAGUAAUAAGUUUAAUACGGAUUCAACCAAGGCUGGCUUAAAAUUAAGGAAUAAUUGGUUAUAGGUAUAUUGCUGCCAUCCUCUCUCAUUGUAGAUGACUGGGUUCAGAUGUUUUUUGACAACACAUAUAUGGAUGUGUUCUAUUAUUGAUUUGAUAAAAACAAAUUGACAUUUCCGCUCAACAUCGCAAGCAAUCAUUCAACGAGUCUCUGCAGACAAACUAGAUUUUAUGGGAAUCACGAUCUUUGAUAACGAUGCAUCACUAAUUUAAAAAAUAAUGAAAAGUUGGUUCAGGUCUGUUUCUUGAGUAAAAUGCAAUGUAUACUUUGCAGAUUUUUACCGUCGUGUAUAUUUACUGUAUCUAUUUAUUAAAAUAUUAUUUUUAUUUCAAACCUUA